CGGUCCCGCUUCUAGGGUUUUACAGCCGCUAACUGCCCACAAACCCUAACCCUGGUUCCUAAAACCCCAAGGGGCUGUCUUCUCUGGCCACCGGUCUCGUCUGGUUGAUCCCACAAGAGUUGACAUCACUGUGAUAAAAUGUCUCGAGUUUAUGUUGGAAACUUGGAUCCGCGAGUCUCAGAAAGAGAUCUUGAAGAUGAAUUUCGAGAAUAUGGUGUACUUCGAAGUGUUUGGGUUGCUCAAAGGCCACCUGGUUAUGCGUUUGUUGAAUUUGAUGAUCGAAGAGAUGCAUUGGAUGCCAUCCGUGACUUAGAUGGGAGACAUGGUUGGCGUGUUGAGCUUUCUUAUAAUUCUGCGGGUGGUGGCGGUAGUCGUGGUGGACGUGGACGUGAUCAGGACAUGAAGUGUUACCAGUGUGGCAAACCUGGUCAUUUUGCACGGGAGUGUCGCUUGCGCAUUGGCUCUGGAGGAUUGGGAAGUGGAAGGCGUCGAAGCCCCAGCCCUCCUCGAUAUCGCAGGAGUCCAAGUUACGGGCGCAGGAGUUACAGUCCACGUGGAAGAACAUCCCUUAGUCAUAGCAGCUAUUCACCUUAUCGAGACCGGAGCUACAGUAGAUCACCAACAUAUUGCCGUCGUUAUUCUCCUUAUGCCAAUGGGAGUUACAGUCCACGUGGAAGAAGGUCCUCUCGUCGUCGUAGCCCUUCACCUUAUCCAAGCCAGAGCUACAGUCGAUCACCAUCAUAUCGCCGUCAAGAUUCUCCUGAUGGGUGUGUCACCCAAAACACAAGUGCCGUGUUGAAUAUGGGCCGGCGCCACAGUUAUUCACCUCGCCUCAGGUCACCAGUAUGUUACCGUGAAGAUUCUCCUCUUUCUAAUGGGUAAAUCAGGAUGGACACUGAAGUGGCAUUUGAAGUGCGUGAUGUUUUCUAUAAGAACAAAAUGAGUUCCGUCUGUUACUGUAGUCAUGCAAGGAACUUUGCCUUGUUAGACCAUCGAAAAUGUCCUUUGAUAAGUAUUUGGCUUCAGCAAAGUGGUUUAACUGCAAUGUGAAGCUUGUGGACUCCUCACCUUUACUUGAAAGCACUCUCCUCAGAAUGCUGGCAUUUGGAGAGGUUACCAAUUCUACUUUGAUAUAUAUUGUGCUUAUUCUCUAUCAUAAAUCUUGAAUAUUAUACUUCUGGAUGCAGUCUUGGAUUAAUUAUUCUGUUUGCCUUUGAAGUGAUGUUUAUUAAAGCCUUUUAACAAAGACAUGUACCUUUUUCUUUGUUGUGAGGUGCGGUUCUGCUAAAGCCUAAACAGCAGCACCUGUGGGAUCUUCCGCUCCUCAUUGACAUGGGUUUUCUGCAUCUCUGUGCUUACCAUUUCGCUCACACUACUUCACUCACCUGCGGAUAGGAGAAAAGCUCAGAAGUUUAGUAUGGCACUCACUCAGGCUGCCACCAACGAAACCUUAGUUAUGGCCUAUGACGUAGUUGCCUCAUCCAGCAUUUUGGGUAUGUUGGGGUGGCUUCAACAUGGUGGGGGCGCGUUGUUGUGCCUUGAUUCAGUCUCCCUCCUGUUCCACCAAAUGUUAACAUAAAAGACUGGUUUCAGGAUAGUAUGUGGAGCUACUUGGUUUUCCAAAACAAGAUUUGGAUGAACUUAUUUAAUUAUCGUGUAUGCAUGACUGCAUGAUAAGUAUUCAUGAGCUAGGUCUGGAGUUGGAUGGGAUAUAAUCAAAUAGCAUGCAUAUUGUAUCAGAAAAUGGCACUAUAUGGACAUCUAAUUGUUGUGAAUCUUUUCCUGAUAUGCUGAUAUGAAUACUCACUCAGACCUAUCUA